CACGCCUCUUGUCUCCAUGUUCUCCUCUCCUCUUCUGCUUUUUUCUUUUGGCAUACUUACUUUCUCCCAAAGGUCCCUUCACUUUCCUCUCCUCAUACUCUCAAUCUUUAGUUAGUUCAGAACCCAUUACACAUAUAACUCAAACAAUGAGGAUGACGACGAUGAUGUUGCUGAAGAUGAGAAAAUGAUUUUAGGGUUUGGUAAGGAAGCUAAAGUGAUCUUCUGUGGAGAGCCAGUCUUGAUUGAAUUGUGGCUCGAGAAGAACUGGAUGACGGCGAAGACUACUUUCGCCGUCACCACCACCGUGACCGACGUUGCCACCACCAUCAUCUACGUCUAUCUCUCAUAUGUCACUUGAAUUAACAAGUUGAUAACAAGAAAAGGAUGGCUAGUGAAUUACUUCUGUUAGCUCGUUUAUCUUUCCUCAUCAUCUUCACUUGUAGCAGCGCCGCCCCGGUAACUCCGACUCCGAUAACCGACACACUUCUAACUCAAGUGGCCGGUUCUCUGCAAAUGUUUGUCGAUGAACUCCCUCAGAUGCCCAAGCUCCUGGGGUAUUCAAAUGGAGCCGCCUCGCCGAAGCCCGGCAGUCUCACUAUUGGCAUGUAUCAGACCGAAUGGAAAUUCCACCGUAACUUGCCACCAACAACGGUUUUCGCAUUUGGGACGUCCGAAGAUGCCGCAACUGUGCCCGGUCCAACCAUUGAGGCCAUCAAAGGAAUCCCAACAUCAGUGACGUGGCAAAAUAACCUUCCUCAGACCCACAUACUCCCCUGGGAUCCGACCAUCCCCACCGCUACUGCAAAGCAAGGUGGGGUCCCAACCGUUGUCCAUCUCCAUGGUGGGGUCCAUGAACCACAACACGAUGGAAACCCCAACGCCUGGUUCACCUCUCAUUUCAGGGAGACCGGGUCAGCAUGGUCCAAAGCUACAUAUACCUAUCCUAACGUUCAACACUCGGGAAACCUCUGGUAUCAUGAUCAUGCAUUAGGAUUGACACGUGUCAACAUUCUAGCCGGACUGAUUGGCGCUUACAACAUCCGUGACCCUACCCUAGAAGCUUCUCUGAACCUCCCGUCCGGACCAGAGUUCGACCGGAACCUAAUGAUAUUCGACCGGAGCUUCAGCAGAGACGGUUCCCUCUACAUAAACUACACCGGCAUCGUCCCGUCCAUUCACCCUCAGUGGCAACCGGAGUACUUCGGCCAUGCUAUUCUCGUUAACGGCAAGGCCUGGCCGUUCAUGAACGUCCAGAAACGGAAGUACCGGUUCAGGUUAACCAACGCUGCGAACGCCCGUUACUUCCAACUCUCGCUAAGCAACGGGCUCUCGUUUACCCAAAUAGGAUCCGAUGCGUCGUACCUACCCGCACCCGUACAGACACAAAGCAUUCUCCUAUCACCAUCCGAGAGUGCUGAUGUCGUCAUUGACUUCUCAACUUCUACUGCCACCGAGAUCGUCAUGAACAAUAAUGCAGCAUACCCGAACCCGACGGGUAGCCCGGUGGAUAACCUGAACUCCAAGGUGAUGAAGUUCGUCAAUGCACCCGGAAACCCGAGAGCACCCGAUUCGUCUAAGAUCCCGGCGAGUCUGGUGAACUACAAGGCAUCAACAACGGAUGCUGCAGCGACGACGAGGUACAUUGUGUUGUACGAGUACACAACGCCCUCUGGAUCAACCACACACCUCUACAUAAAUGGGAAGAGAUACGAGGACCCGGUUACAGAGACAGCCAAGUCCGGCAGUACAGAGAUCUGGGAGGUGAUCAACUUGACUGCCGACAAUCACCCGUUGCACGUACAUUUGGCUACGUUCCAAGCAAUCAAGAUACAACAACUCUCCAAUCAGGCCCAGUUCACAAGCUGCAUGACGCAGAACAACGAUGCCGUUGCGUGCAAUGUGGCUUCCUACCUAACCGGGCCACUGAUUGACAUUCCGGCGACUGAGAAGACCUGGAAGAACACGGUGAAGAUUCCUCCGGGAACCCAAACAACGGUUGUCGUCAAAUUCAAUCUGGUCGACACCAAUUCGCCCUUCCCCUUCGACGCCACGACGCAGCCAGGAUAUGUCUACCAUUGUCACAUUCUGGAUCACGAAGAUAACGCAAUGAUACGGCCAUUGCAAUUGGUUUGAUUUGACGAGAAACAAAGUUAGAUGCAUGGGGUGUUUUUAUUAUCUGAUUCCUGCUAUUCCAAAAUUAAACAAGUGAUCGAUAAUAAGUGCUUGUUGAUGAUGGCACUAACUAAAUUCUGUGACUAUUCUACCAAGGUUUAUUAAUAAUUUUGUGACUA